AUCCAUUUCAGAAUCACCCAGAUUUCCACUCCUCCAUCACACUCUCGUCCUCACCAGAACCCGAAAAUAUCUCACUCCAUUCUCUCUCUCUCUCUCUCUCUCCCCCCCCCCCCCCCUCUCCCUCCAAAAUCGGUAAUCCUGAUCGUAACUGAAUUCCAUGGCCACUGCUUCUUUGCUUGAAGCGCCCCCAUUGAAAUGGAAUCAAAAUUUCCCAAUUCGUCGGCCCCCUGCUCGUCUAGUCCUCGCCAAUCGUAAUUCCUUCACCAGACCGAUUAAAUUUAGCAGCGGAAUCCUGAAUGUAAAGCUUCAAGGCCACGCUAAAUUCGGCGUUAAAUGCUUCUUCCUCGCGAAGAAGAAGCAUUUAGCAGACCCGGUAUUGGAUCGGUAUGGGUCGAUUAAUGAUGAAAGCUGUAUGAACCCCUUUGAGAUUGUUUCCAACGCUGUAUAUAAAGCCAUAAAGGCAUUGAGAAAACCGGCGAUUGCCGCUGUGUUGUUGGGGUUGUUGUUGAUGUAUAGCCCCAAUUCGGCUUUGGCUGCCUCGGGCGGCCGAAUGGGUGGGAGGUCGUUUUCCUCCCAGUCCUCAUCGUCUCCUUCGUCGAGGAGUUACUCAGUGCCGAGGACGUCGGGCCCGGGGUUUUCUUAUUCGGUGCCAUAUUACGCACCUUCACCAUUCGGGUUUAGCGGUGGCGGGUUUUAUGUGGGGCCGGCAGUUGGAUUCGGAGUGGGAGCCGGGUCGAGUUUCUUUUUUAUUUUGAUGGGUUUUGCAGCGUUUGUUUUGGUUUCGGGGUUUCUUUCGGAUCGGUCGGAGGGUAGUGUUCUUACUGCUACAGAGAAAACGAGCGUGCUCAAGCUUCAGGUCGGAUUGUUGGGCAUGGGGCGGUCCCUUCAAAGAGAUCUUAAUCGGAUUGCUGAAACUGCAGAUACAUCUAGCUCUGCGGGUUUGAGCUAUGUAUUGACAGAGACGACGCUAGCUUUGCUUCGGCAUCCUGAUUAUUGUAUCUCAGGUUAUUCAUUUGUGGAGUUAAAGAGGAGCAUGGAGGAUGGUGAGAAACGCUUCAAUCAGCUCUCUAUUGAAGAACGGGGGAAGUUUGAUGAAGAAACACUCGUCAAUGUGAACAACAUUAAAAAGCAAAGCACAGGCAAUCAGAGAUCUAAUGGAUUCCGCAAUGAGUACAUUGUGAUAACAAUAUUGGUGGCUGCUGAAGGAGUCCAUAAGCUGCCCACCAUCAAUGGCAGUGGGGACUUGAAAGAAGCCUUGCAAAAGCUUGGAUCCAUUCCCUCGAGCAAAAUAUUAGCAGUUGAGGUACUGUGGACCCCUCAGAAUGAAAAUGACACUCUUUCAGAGCGGGAACUUCUUGAAGAUUAUCCUCUUUUGAGGCCUUUGUAAAAGUAUUGCAAUUGGCUACCUUUUGCCAUGUGGUAAGAGGUAUAAGCGAAUUGCCUAUUGGAUCUAAAACGGCAUUGGAGUAGGAAAAUUGUCUAUAGUUAACAGAAAGUAACCUUGUUGAAAAUAUGAUUAGAUGGUAUGUUGCUGUCCUGCAUUUGUGAGCUCUUAGGCUUUACUUCAGAACCUUAGCUUUGUUUCACUAAUACUUCAAUCUGCCACCCAUGAGUUAUAAAGGCGCACUAUGGUAGAAAGUUCACUUUUGAUAAUAUGUACCAUGAAUAUUACAAUUAGAAUCAACAGAUAGGCUUUAUAUUGCAGUUUUUACAAUUGACCAAUAACUGAUUAUUCA